UGUUUUAUUUAUUUGCGCGUGCUGGUGCCAAAUGCUGCAACUUGUUGCCAUUUGCUGAUGACGAGCAUUCUCAACCUAAAGCCCGCAUCAAGUACCAAUCGAACAUGAUGAUGAUGAUGACGAUGAUGAUGACGACGGUUGUUGUUGUUGUGGCGGCGGCUGCUGCGUUUUGCUGAACAGAACUGUGACGCGCAUUACCUCACUAGUGGAAAGUGUCGAGCUGCACAUGCUGACAUUGCGUCCGUCCUUGAGAGGCGUCGUUCCUGUUUUAGUGUCCGAAUGACAUGCAGCUUGUGAAGCCUUUCACAUCUGCCGUGUUGACAUAUUUCCAUCAUUCCCUUUUAUGAGCCUAAUUGCCUCUAUUCUGGUCACUGCUUUGACCGAUCGCAGAUUUGCUUGCUUAUAAACUGCUGAUUAUGUCUGCCAUCGCUUUGCCCUGCGCUUUGAAUGUGCAAAAGUGUAUUUUGCCCCCCCACGCUUUCGACAUAGGAUCCGUGUUGCCCAAAGAGACGAUGAGUGUCAAAUGUAAAUAGUUUUGAUUUUUCUCUGCUGUGAUUACUUCCAAGUGCCUUUAAAAAAUGCCUUUCCACGGAACACGUUUUAAAAAGUGUCCGGGCUCACAUGCGCUUUUCCACCUUUUGAAAUCAUAUUUCUGAUGAUCUUGGAGCAUUUUAUGAUGUAUGCUUUGUCCUCUUUGUACUUUCAACUAUCCAUUACAGUGCGUGUGUGCGUUUCCAAGUAUAGAUCCAAGAUUGGGUAUAAAGCCAACUGCUUUCCGUCCCGUUUACGUCGCCCCCAACCUACGACAAAAUGCUCAGUUGACAUUUUAUUUGCUUUGCCGGGUUAUACCCUCUCAAAUUCCAAGUAUGGUUGUGAUGUUGUCUGGAGCGGGAUAAUGUCAUCGUGAAAUGGAUUUUAUGAAAACUGUCAUAUCGCCGAAGUUUGGGGGAAAAAAAGAAGAAAAAGUUCAAACGUUUUCUGUGACUUUCUCCUUCUUUAUCCACCCAUGUGUGUCGAGUUGCUUCUUUGUCCCUGCUUAACAGGUAACCGCUGCGGGCAAUUGGGUGGCAGAAAUGUGUGUCUUUCGCAGUAAAUGCAAACAAAAAUCCUGAAAGACGGAAGAGUUGACAAAUAUUGAUUCGUCCGCAGGAGCAACUUCAUGGCGUGAGUAAAGCAUAAUUUGGGCUCCGUUUCCCAAUGGAAGUCACGGGGAUGAAAAGCUUGCGGCAUUCUUUCAAACAAACACGAGAGGUCGCCAGGUUUCUACAAAGACACGGACGAAUACAUUUCGAAACGGGAAAGGACCAAAGAGCUCCCACUCCGAUCGUUUAUGAAUACCGCGAGCUCUCGAUACCACGUGGCGCUGCUACUUGAGAUACUUCCCGACGGAUGCAUUGAAAAUGUCUGUCAUACUCGUGACGGUUACUUCGUAAGCGUAAUUGGGUCUCAUUUGACGCAACGGCCCCAAACGAGGGCAGUACGCCGUCGUCCCAGUUGGGGGAGUCGUCUUUGAAUAGACGAUCUUUGCUUGGGAUUCACCUCCAACUCGCUGACGCAGGGCGGCGCGGUGCUCUUUUGCUGUCACCUCUUCACCCGCCCCGCCGUCGACAGGAUGACUGACGAGCCGGGACUCGGGAGCCUUCGCCCGGUCGACGGAGGAGGGAGCUUUACCUGCCGAGUGAGAGGCGACGAACGACGCUCGGCCAUUUCUAAUGAAAAUGGCCUUCGACUUGUAGCAGCCGCGAGAGAUUUCCCGACCCGGUCAAGUGACGACGACAGCGGAGCGCCGAUGUCCGCCGCAGUGAAAAAGAAGCACGUCCGCUUCGCCAGCAUGGACGACGAUCAGGAAGAGGACACCUUGUUUGACAAGAGGAAGGACGCCGAGCGAGGCGGUCUCAAGAGUGCGCUCAAGGCGGCCAAGAGGAAGACGAAAGCGGGAUGCGGCGACCGGGUGAAAGUUGCCGGAGGGGGCGGACGCGCGUCGUGCGGCCGCCGGGUGGUCAGCCUGACACUCUGCGCAUCCUUUCUGGGCCUGGGGAUGGCGAUCUCGGUUAUCGGACCCACGUUUGAGGACUUGGCUUCAAACGUGAAGAAGGACAUCAGCAACAUCUCCUACAUCUUCGUCGGCCGGUCUGCGGGCUUCAUCGGCGGCUCGCUUUUGGGGGGUGUUCUUUUCGACUGCCUGAACCCCAACCUGCUGCUAGGUUUUUCCAUGCUGAUCACUUCGUGCGGAAUGUGCGCCAUCCCUUUUUGCAAACACGCCCUGCUGCUCACCGGCUUCAUGUCCGGCAUCGGCAUCUCGCUGGGGAUCCUGGACACGGGUGGGAACGUCCUCAUACUGCAGACGUGGGGCGAGCAGGCCGCACCCCACAUGCAGGCCCUCCACUUCAGUUUCGCCGCCGGCGCCUUUGCGUCGCCAAUCAUCGCCAAGGUGCUGUUGGGCCGACACGGCGGCGGCGCGGCGAGCGACGCCACGCGGCCCUUCGCCGACGGCGAUCGGGCCGCGGUCCGGCCGGUCGGCGGCGGCGAGCCGACCUCCAUGUGGGCCUACGUCGUGAUCGGCCUGUUGGUCCUGCUCACCUCGGUCCCGUUCUUCCUGCUCUCCGCCGGCGGCGAGGCGUCCCGCGACAAAGGCCGUCCGUCCCGGGCCGAGCCCCCGGCGGCCCGCCACCACGCGGCGCUGGUGGCCCUGCUCUUCUUCUUCUUCUUCGCCUACGUGGGCGCCGAGGUGGCCUACGGCACCUUCAUUUUCACCUUUGCCAAGGAUUUUGCCGGAAUGAGCGCGUCCCAGGCGGCCGGCUUGAAUUCCUUAUUCUGGGCCACGUUCGCCGCCUGCCGGGGGCUGGCCAUCUUCUUGGCGUCCCGCGUGUACCCGGGCACCAUGAUCCUGCUCAGCCUGGCGGGCAGCACGCUGUCCACCCUCUUCCUCUGCCUCUUCAGCAAGGACAAAGCCACGCUGUGGAUUUGCACGGCCUUCUACGGGGCUUCCAUGUCCUCCACUUUCCCCGGCGGGAUUUCCUGGCUGGAGCAGUACACGGCCGUGACGGGGCGCUCGGCGGCGGCCUUGGUGGUGGGCGGCGCCCUGGGCGAGAUGGCCUUGCCCGCUCUGGUGGGCUUCCUGCUGGGAAAGAUGGACGGACAGCCCUCGCUGAUGUACGUGUCGCUGGGCGCGUCCACCUUCACCGCCAUCCUCUUUCCGGUCAUGUACAAGCUGGCCUCGGUCGGAAAAGCCCACGGGAGGGGGCCGCCCAACGACGGCGAGUUCCGACGGGCGCUGCUGGAUUCGGGAGCCGUCGACGAGGAAGACGACGAGGAGGAGGAGAACGAGGCCGAUCGGUGGAACGAUGCCGACUUUGAAGUCAUUGAAAUGGACGACGCCACGAGUCUCGUCGCUUCGCCCGCUAAGUCGGCUUCUUCCUCCCCCAACGCCGACGGGGGCGCGGCUUCCUCUGCCACGCGGACGAGCGAACCCGCAAAGGAGGCCUCGUCAUCCGACGCCGUUUCCCUGGUGGGGGACUCCCCCGGACGCAAACUGCUGCUCUUUGCUGACCGAGUCAAGAGAGACUGAAAACCUGCAAUACCCGAUUUGAGCCACGAGAGGCCGCCCGCUUCAAACCGAUCUCGGACUUGGAAAGCCAUCGAUGGCGGCGGCCGAUUUCAUUGAGUCUCCGGCGAUUAAAAACGAAGGACGUGCGGACGUCCACCCUGAUUCUGACCCGCUUCUUCUGUUUACAAGUCAACUCGGGGCCAAGUUCCGUCCGUCCCUUUUCCAUCGGCCAAAGCGGGAGAGAAAAUGCCAAACAAGGCGUCGGGCCCUCAAAUUGAAUGCCAUCCGUUUGUGCCAAGUGUCAAAUUCUUCCAAAAACAUUUGAAUGCGACAACUUUUUAUUCAAUCCAUUUCAACCCACAGCAACAGCGUUUUUUGUUUCUUUUGACAUUUUUACCAACAACAGAUAUUCGGAUCUCCACACGGUUUGAUGACAGCACAGAGUUUGAAACGUACUUAGCACAGAUAGACGUUAUCAAAACAGUAUUGCAACAGUCCCCGGUUAAAAAAAAAAACGACAAUCUCAAAUUUCACCCGAGACGAGCAAGAAGCUCAAACGAGCACGAAUACAAUCAAAAU